UGCCCUCCUUUGUUUUCUCUGCAGGUGUGUAUGAGAGAACAACAUUCCUGACCCACCCACACCAACUGGCUGAUCCUACUUAAGUUGCACCGGACAACAAGUGUAAAUGUUUUAGGUCAGGUCAUAGGUGACCUCUUGGGUUGAUAUUCAGCCUUCAUCUUGUGACUCAUACAUAUGUUUUGAAAGCCAGAAUAGUGUGUGCAGCUCCACAGAUAUUAUGUGAACAAAUUAUGAAUCAGCAAGUCUAAUUUGUUUUGCUGCAAUAUUUAAAGUGUAGUUGUGUGAUCAUUGCCUACCAAAUGGUAUACUUGCAUAAGCAUAUUGAAAGGAAUUAAUGUGCCUUGUAAUGAAACUGUGGGUGUGUUGACAACAUCAUGAAUUCCUAUGACAUAUUCAAGAAACUAACCAAAGGAAUCAAGUUUGAUCAUAAAAGAUUUAAAGAUGACUUCAGAAAGCUUGGGCUCCAGCCAUCAUCAGCAGUGCCAGCUGAAGUUAUUGCGCCCUUGCCUGAACAUAUGGAGGACAACAUAGAACAGGAAGACCAGCAGGGAGGAAUAGAAAAGAAGACCAAGAGAAGAAAGAAGAGAAAGAAUGAUGAGCAGAAGCAGUUAAUGUUACAGCAACAAGAGAUAAGGCGGCAGCGGCGGCAGUUGGGGAUCCAGGUGUGGGGCCCAGAUAUUCCAGCACCCUUAGAGAAAUUCUCACAACUUGUCACAGACCACAAUGUGAAUAGCAAGCUGGUAGCCAACCUUGAAGCUCAGGGCCACUCCGUGCCUACCCCAGUGCAGGCCCAAGCCUGGCCUCUCAUGUUGCAGCGCCGCCACAUCCUUGCCUCAGCCCCCACUGGCUCAGGCAAGACUGCAGCCUUCCUGAUUCCACUACUGCAGGCACUUGGAGGGCCAAGGAAAAAGGGCUUCAGGGCUGUGAUUCUCACCCCCACUCGGGAAUUGGCCUCUCAGAUUCACAGGGAGUGCAUGAGGCUGAGUGAAGGGCUGGGCAUCCGAGCUGUUGUUAUUGCCAAUGUCACCAAGGCAAGGCAAAAGUACGGCCCACAGUCUUCACAAAAGUUUGACCUGCUGGUGACAACACCUAACCGCCUUGUUCAUCUGCUGAAGGAAAGUGAUGAAGGUCCACCUCUCUCCCUAGCUAAUGUGGAGUGGCUGGUGGUUGAUGAGAGCGACCGGCUCUUUGAAGAUGGCCAGCGGGGUUUCCGAGAUCAACUGGCUGCAGUGUACCAGGCAUGCACUGGCACUUCAGUCACCCAGGCCUUAUUCUCAGCCACCUUUGCUCAGUCAGUUCAAGAUUGGUGUCGCCUCAACCUCCACAACAUGGCCAUGGUCUCUGUUGGCCUCAGAAAUUCUGCAUCUGAGGAUGUAGAACAACACCUUCAGUUCUGUGGCAAUGAAGGCGGCAAGCUCCAUGCACUCAGGGAUAUUCUGAGGAAGGGUUACGAGCCUCCAGUGCUGCUGUUUGUUCAGACCAAGGAGCGAGCAAAGGAGUUGUUUCGGGAGUUGAUUUAUGACAACAUUACUGUGGACACUAUCCAUGCUGACCGAACGCAGAAGCAGCGGGACAAUGUGGUGGCAGCGUUCCGUGAGGGCAAGAUCUGGGUUUUGAUUUGCACUGAGUUGAUGUCCCGAGGUGUGGACUUUAAAGGUGUCAAUCUGGUCAUCAACUAUGACUUGCCUCCCACAACGAUCAGCUACAUCCACCGUGUUGGCCGUACGGGUCGUGCUGGCCGCCAGGGCCAAGCCAUUACCUUCUGGACCAUGGAGGACCGUCCAAAGCUCAGAAGCAUUGCACAUGUGGUGCAGAGCUCAGGCCAGCAAGUGCCUCAGUGGAUGUUGGACCUUAAAAAGCCCACCAAGAAUGAGAAGCGACGGAUGACAAUGCAGCAGCCGGAGCGUGGCCACGUGUCUCGCGCAGUGCAACACGAGAAGGUGGCAAAACGCAGAAAAAAGCAGAUGUUGGAGAAACACAAGAAGAUGAAGAUUGAGAGCAGCGAAGCAGCGUAGAUUUUUCUCUCACAAUUGAUAACAUGACAUAAUACAAAAUGAAAUAUAUAUUUCAAAAUUGGGAUAAGUGUUUUUUUAAUUGUCAAUACAACUUCAAAAGAAUUAUCAUAGUUGAAUAUUUUUAUUUUGUGCUGCAAAAUGUGAUACAAUAUAAGAAUACAAAAUAUUUAAAGAAAUGAA